UUUUAAAUGCGUGUUCUGUGGAGGACCUUUAUUUUGGCACUUCCGGUAGUGCUCAGAAGCGGAAGUUUUGCAGCGCGUCACACGUGUUUAGAACGAGUACACUCGAGAAAAAUGGCUAAGAACGGCAAAUUAAAGCAGAAAACAAACUGUAAAAGUGGAGCGAAACAGAAGCAGCGUAAAUGUGUGCUGAUGUUCGAUGAUAAAGACAGACAAGAUUUCCUGACGGGUUUCCACAAGAGGAAGCUGGAGCGGCGAAGAGCAGCGCUGGAGGAGAUGAGGAACAAGCUGAAGGAGGAGCAGAAGCGCGUCAGAGAGGAGAGACACAAAGAGUAUCUGAAGAUGCUGCAGGAGCGCCGUGAGGCUCUGGACGAGGCGGACGAGCUGGAAGACGUGAUCACAGCGACGACAGAGAGCGUUCAGUAUGACCAUCCCAACCACACCGUCACCGUGACGACCAUCAGCGACCUUGACCUAUCAACAGACAGAUUGCUAGAACCACAGCAGAGAGAUGAACAGAAUGAAGAGGAGAAAACAAAAGCCCUUCCCAAGAUAGCUGGAAACCCACUCCUGUCCAAAAAGAUCCAGAGCCUCACUUCAUCGCUCAACAGCCUCACUAAACAGAAGAGGAGGGGCAAACGGAGGUCCAAAAAGGAAAUGAGGCGGAGAAACCAUCAGAGCGAAAAGAAGUCGUCAUCCACUCAUGACAACAAGCUCCGCCCAGGCAGAAGCACCAAGGCACAAAGGCGCAAACGAACGGGCCAGAACGAGCGCAAUCAGGACUGAUGAACAUCACACUCGAGCCGACGCGUGUCUGUCAGACUCGCAGAACGACUGCCGAGCGACUGAUGCUGCAAACUCAUGAACUCCUGCCAUUCGGCGUCUGUGUUUGUAUUUUUACAUGUUUAAUACUUUAAAAGGACAUUAAAAAAAGAAACCUCA